CAGGAAGCUGUGUGAGAAUGUGGCAAAGAUAUCAGCUCACCACAGAAGUGCUCUUCUUCUGCUGCUACUGGAUCGUUACAAAUUUGAUCAUCAAACAGCUCCACACAACAUGCAGCCAAACGUGGAAUUUUCUGCAGCUAAUUUUCUGCAGCCAGUCUAACAGAUAACCUGACAGUGUGUUGGUGAACACUCUCAUUUACAAGACGCUGCACUCAGCUAACACCUUCCAGCUCACGAUGUCCAUCAGCAACACCACUGCCUGCACCAAUGACAGUACGAGCCACUUCGACAUCAUCCACGUGUGCUUGUACUCCUUCAUCUUCAUCGUGGGUCUUACUUUGAAUGUUAUAGCUCUGGUAUUUUUUUUUUGUCAAAUCAAAUCCAGAUCCCCAACAGUUGUCUACAUGACCAACCUGACCAUGGCGGACUUUUUACUCAUCCUCACAUUGCCAGUGAGAAUCUGCUACCACCUUGGAUUAAAAGGCAUUCCUCCGGUGUUGUGCGAUUGCCUUGGCUUGAUCCUGAAGGCCAACAUGUACGGGAGCAUCUUAUUCCUUGCUUGUAUUUGCUUUGACCGCUGCAUCGCUGUCAGCUUUCCUAUGUCUUCAAGAAUUCAGAGAGCAAGACAGAAGUCACGGUUGGUUUGUCUUGCAGUCUGGAUACUGUCCUUUGGUCCAAGUCUGCCAAUCUACAUCCUCAAGCGUGAAAAUGUUUCUUUAAAUGUUACUAAAAAUUGUUUUGAUAACCCACCGGUUUAUGCCACACAACCAGCAGUAGUUUUUUCCACUUUAUUGCUGGGGUUUGGGCUCCCUUUAGCAAUUAUGCUAAUAUGCUCCUGGAUAUUGGUUCAUACUGUUCAAAAAAGCCCUGUGGCUCAGACAAAUCUGGUGGACAGCAGAAAGAUCCGGAGGAUGAUCGCUACAAGCCUGCUUAUUUUCCUAAUCAGUUUCUCUCCAUACCAUGCUACCCUAGUUGUCCUCUCCCUGCACAGAGACGCUAUAACCUCUAGAACUUGUAAUGGUAUGCAGCCCAUGUUGGCUGCAUACCGCUACAGCCUGGUGGUGGCUUGUCUAAACACAGUGCUUAACCCCAUUGCAUAUUAUUUCACCACAGAUACCUUCAGGAAGAACGUUGUGAUAGGCACUGUUCAAAAGAUGUUCCCCCUGUACAAUCUGAGUUCAGGGCAGAGAUAGCUGAGUGCUCACAACAGUUAGUCCCACUUAGCUCCACGGGUCACUGCCAUCCUGAAAGCUGCACUCUGGGGCAUGUUUUCUUCAGUGUCUGUAUCUGUCUGUCUUUGGUAUAUGUUCACACCAACAUCAUCACCAGCACGAGUGCUGUUUUUCUCCUUUGUGCUCUUUCCAUCACAUUUGAUGAACUACAAGCAGACUGUGAAAUGACUUUUGCUUUUCUCUAUAUUGCUACUCAACCUUUAAGGUCUCAUUUAUAAGGUGUUCUUUAAAUGAGGGUCCUUCCAAAAGGUUCUUAACUCACUGGCAUUAUUUUAGUUUAAAAUCAAACCUACAGCACAGCACAGCACAAAGCAGCCAGAGAGACUCUUUCACCAAACACCAACGGAAGUAUCAUGCUUGCACAAUACUAAGACACCACAGAGAAGUCUGUGGUUUCUCCACACCAACACAUCUUGCAUAUUCUUGUAUAUACCUCAGGAAAUGUCUUCACAAUGGUCAUAAAGGUUUAUUCUAUAUACAAUAACAGAUUCUAAAAACAGACAAUGUAAUGCACAAACUCACAGAGCCGCAAAAAAUAAUAUUCUGUUAUAAUAAAGUAGAAUAUAAUAUCUUCUAUUACACAGCUUUGAACUAUGUAAACUGUUUUUUACACACUGCUUCUGUGUGUUGGCUUCAUUUUGUUAAAUAAAUCAUUACACGAUGUAACAUGUCAGAUUUUGUUGUUCACCUGAGGUUGUAUGUACAUCAUCUGAAGACUUGCUGAAGACCAUAUUAUUUAUUAUUAUGUCCUAACAUGUAAAACUUUAGAACUGAUAGUUUACUUUGUAUCUACUGUGACUGCAUUUUAACAGUACAUUGCAUUGCAGAGAGGCCAAGACGUGAAUGUAUUCUUUCAUUAUUUCUAAACCUGUUUCCAAAAAAGUCGGGACACUGGACACAACAAAUCAAAUGUUGUAACUUUAUCCUGCCAGUUCAGCACCUGGACUCUUUCACCAGAAAGCAAUGCUGUUGGAAACUGUAAUGUGUUCUGGUUAAAAGCCCAUCUCUGAUACACAGCUCGUCUGUACACCAGCACAUUGCAGCUCCAAAAGAUGGAAAAUGAAUAAAUGAAAUGAUAUUCUUGUAUUCUCUGUGUCAAGCUGCUAAAUGAAAAGUUCCCUGCUGUUA